AUGGAGCAGCCGUCGGACUCGUUUUCAUCUAGCAUUGCUGAAGCGCUCGGCGAGGAGUUCGAGGUCCAGUCAUCGACUCAGGCGCCGCUUGCGUCGGCCUCACUUAGCAAAUCCAGCACGGGCCUAAAACAAUCCAGCAUGAAUCUCAAGCACAACUCGUAUUCUCCCCCACCUCCUGUAUACUCGCCUUUGCCUUCCCCGCCGCACUUUGACUCUCUUCGAAAUGGAGGAAAUGGGACGAGAACUCAACAACCGCCUUCGGGCGGGAGUCAUGAGGAUUCUUCUGGCAAUAGCCGCGAGCACAGACGAGUGAUGUUUGAGGACGUGCAAGACACAAAACGUAGCGCAGAUGAAGAUACACCUACUGCCGAAAUACCAAGCAUAGAUCAUGACAUUUCAGGGAUUGCGACUAGCGAGCCAAAGACUGUACAACGUGGAGAUACUUCAGCUCCACCGAUUGAACACGAUCUCCCGGAACCGAGGGCGGAGGUUGAGUCGACUAUCCCUCCGGCGGCCUCCGACGAUCCUAUGGAUGAGCAAUCGCUCAAUGCUGCCGCGGCUCGUGAAGUCUCCCGUGAACUUGAUGUGCUGAUGUUCAAUGCAUCUUCCCCACCUGCUGCGCACCGUGAGUCCUCGCCGAUACCCUCACCCCGCUCCUCUUUCGCUAGGCCGCCUAUCUCGCUCCGACCAAGCAUGGAAAUCUCGACGUCUCUACCCGGUAGUCCGCGUGUGGAGGCGCAAUAUAUACGCACGAGGGAUAGGUCAGCAGCGUCACCAACGAGUAUCUCGUCUGGCGGGCAGGCGUCUGCUAUUCCUUCUGUAGGUCCGACUCGAUAUGUUGGUGAUGACCCGUCUCCAUCGCCGAUCCUUCCUGGAAGUAGUCUCGCGCGUGCUUCUUCCCCACCCCAACCCCCACCCACCGUUGCAGUAUCGCCUGGUACCCCAUACCGCACACCUCCAGAAGGGAUAUCUCCAGCCAGCUCGCAGAUAAAUGCCCCCAUGUAUAGUCUCCCGCCUGCCAUGACGGGAUCAGGCGCAUCUUUCUCCCAGUUUCCUACAAGCGGUGGCAAGAUUUCCGCGGCUGCGUUCAGGAGACAACAGCAGUUGCGCAGUAUGAGCAGUCCGACCGUGGAUAAUAGUAGUGGCGGGCCCGUGGCAGCAGACACGAGUCCGCUGGUAGUGAAGAAGCGGCCACUGCCACAGUUACAGCAUCCGGCACAGAGGCCGGGACAAGGGACGCCACGAAUGCCUUCUGCUCCUCUUACAGUACGGAACCGGUCACCAACGGGAGACCCCGCGGAACCAGAUGGAAGAUACCGCACUCCUUCUGCUGUUGGAGUAGGUAACCGUGUCUCGCAGGAGGGUGGUGGGAGUGACGAUGACUACGACUAUAUUUCCGCAUACGUCAACACAUCUGAGCAAGGUCCACGCUCUGAGGACGGUUAUGAGCAGGGAAGGUAUGCGACAAGAAUAGAAAAUGGUAGUGGCGACGAGCUUCGCUAG